CUCUCCUCUCCAUUUUCAGGUUCUCUGAUCCAGGCAGCGCUGACUCAGCCAUCCUCAUUGUCUCACAGGGUGGGAGACACCGUCAAGAUCACCUGCUCUGGGAGUAGCUACAGCUGGUAUGACUGGUACCAGCAAAAGGUUCCUGGCAGUGCCCCUGUCACUGUGAUCUAUGCUAAUAGCAACAGACCCUUGAACAUCCCUUCGCGAUUCUCCGGAUCCAAAUCCGGCUCCACGGCCACAUUAACCAUCACUGGGGUCCAAGCCGACGACGAGGGUCUCUAUUUCUGUGGUAGCUGGGACAGCAGCAUUCCUGCUGGUAUAUUCGGGGCUGGGACCAUGUUGACCAUCGCAGACCGGCCCGAGGUCGCUCCCACCCUCUACGUCUUCCAGCCGCCCUCUGAGCAGAUCUUGAAGGAGAACAAAACCAUUCUGGUGUGUCUGAUAGAGGGCUUCUACCCCGACCAUGUGGAUGUGGAAUGGGUGGCUGACGGCACCACCCUCACAAACAACGUGCAGACCAGUCAGCCCGUGCGGCAGAGCGACAGCAAGUACAUGGCCAGCAGCUACCUGACACUGGAUGCCAGCCAGUGGCAAAAUUUCAGCAUAUUCUCCUGCAAGGUCAAGCACGAGGCUGGCAAUGUGGAGAAGACAGUGAACAGAUCCUAGUGCCCCUAAGCCCACCGGGACCUCCUCGCACCCACCGGCCCUUUGCUGGCUCCCUCCCUCCUCCCCACUUCUGGGGACAGCGGCUCCCCACAGCCACACACCUCGCUUCCCACAUCCCCCUGUCCCCUGCUCCUGUCCCCCCACUCUGAGUGU